AUGCAGCAGACUUCAGCCGACGAUAGCUUCGCCCAUCUUAGUCGCUUGUCGCAAAAGGCAGGCGUGCAAGCAACUCUGAUACUCUCUCGCGAGACUGGCGCCAUCGUCCGUUCUAAUGGUCUGGUCUCCCGCGACGAGUCCUCGAACUCAGAGAGCACACUACCUGCCUCGAAUGGCUUGACGGAUGAUCGCACUGAUGGUGCUAUGCCGAGCGCUGAGCACGUCGCCGAAGUCGUCUGGAAGUUCGCCAAAGCUGCUGUUGACAUGUUGCAAGACCUGUCAAAUUUGCCCGACGACGAUGUAAAGUUGCUCAGGCUGCGUUCCAAGAACAAGGAAUAUGUCAUCUUCCCAGAUGCCAAAUUUAUUGCCGUUGCCAUUCAUAGCACUGCGCCAGCAUGA